AUGGCGUCCUUCAAUCCGAAUAUACCUGUCCGGGGCAAUCCCUUCCUCGACAUCCCCUCCGACAUAGACGCCCACCCUUUCCGCUUAGUAUGGGAGGAUAUCUGCUCCGUUUCCUAUCUAGCCAGACUGCUACCGAAGGGCGUGAUCCUCGAUCUCGUUGAAUGCCUCAUCCAGCGUGAUCUCGAGUACAAAACAGCUGACAUCCGGCAAGGACGGGCGCAACUUCGCGCCGCGCUCGCCGCAUCUACUACGAAGAAAGCUGUUCUCAUCGUCCAUUCGCAAGGCGGGAUUGUCGCGUCCUCGAUCAUCGACUGGCUAUAUGGCGAGCUGAGCCAAUCCCAGAUACAGAAACUAGAGAUAUACACCUUCGGCAACGCAGCGAGGCAGUUCCGCAACCCGCCGCUGCACGAGCUGCACCACAACGAUCCGGCUGGAACGACACCCCGGAGACAGAUUCAAGGGGAGCGAGCAAUCCGGAAUAUCGAACACUACGCAAACACCAAGGACUUUGUGGCGAAUAUCGGGGCGUUGCAGUUCACGGCGUCUGCGGGCGCGUAUUCAAAUGCGAGUGUGUUCUCUGGGACUGUCUUUAUCCGGGAGGGAUCAGGGCAUUUGUUUAAUAUGCAUUAUUUGCAUCCGAUGUUCGGGGAGCAUAGUGCGUUUAUGGAGAGUACGGUCGAUGUGCGGCCUCGGAAUGGGCCGGGGAAGACUGUCUCCAUGCGCAUGAGGGAAUUGUCUAGGCUCUACAACUAUAAGAAUGGGAGGAGUCCGGAGGAUGAGGAUGCCAUGUGA